CUAUUUUACUGUGAGCACCUGAACGCAUCACACUGAUGACGCAGCUUCCGGCUGUCAGUUGUGUGUUGAAGCUUCACUACUGCUGCUGCAGCCUGCUGCUACAGUAGCUGUGUUUGUCACACUGUUUUUUUUUUUUUUUUAAUCUUAUAUUAAAUACUGUAGCUGUUAUAAUGUUGCAUGUGAAGCAACGAUGAUCUGAGUCUUCGCAGGAUCUUGGUAGGAGUCAAUACAUUUAGACCAGGUGGGUGCACGAAGCAGGGCAACUAAACAUGAUGAAGCUGUGCACCCUGCUGCUGCUGCUGUGAUGCAUUCACUGUCUAAGGAGAUCCAGGGAUUCUCCAGAACCAAUCUGAGGAAACAGUGCACGCUGGUUACCACGGUGACGGGCCGGAAGCUGCUGGAGAGGAGGAGUGAUGGAGGUGAUGGAGGAGAGGAAGAGGAGCAGGUUGAGGAGCUGGAGAAGGGUGGAGGAGGAUGUGGAUUUAUAGAAGAUAAAAGUCUGGACCUGCAAGUUGGUGUCGUUAGACCCUUCCUACUGCUAGCCUCUCAGGAUGCAGCCCACGACAUUGACACCCUGCAGAGAUAUAAGGUGUCUCAUGUGCUGAACGUGGCCUACGGAGUCACUAACCUGUUCCCAGAUCAGCUGCUUUAUAAGACGCUGCAGAUCCUGGACCUCCCAGACACCGACAUCACCUCGUAUCUCGGGGAAUGCAGCUCCUUCAUAGAUCAGACACGAGAACAGGACGGCGUGGUGCUGGUCCACUGUAACGCGGGCGUAUCCCGCUCUUCCUCCAUCGUCAUUGGCUACCUGAUGUUGAGGGAGGGGCUGUCGUUUGAUGAUGCGUACAGCCAGGUGAAGCUGGCGAGGCCCUCAACUCGCCCCAACGCCGGCUUCUACCAGCAACUACAGACCUACAAACCUUAACGCUGCAUUCACUGACUGUCAUUGUUGUCCUGUUGUUUUCUGUUUUUGUAAAGAUUAUAAUGUCACAUCAAAUUUCACCAGUAAGAUAUAUUUUUGUUAAUGUCUAGACAAACAAUGGUUUGUUUUUUGAAAGCCAUACAACACAGAAAUAAUAUGAUAAUGUAUUUGCUAAAAAAAGAAAUUCAACAUAAGGUCAAACUUGGUUAUGUGCCACAUGUAUGUUCAUGCCCAGUAUGUAUGCAUGUGUCGAGUGUCUAAAAAUACAGCUAGUAAGUGAAGAACUGUGUCUGCCUUUCAUUCCACAGUAAGAAAAUAAACUGAUUUCUAUUAGAUGUGUUCAUUUUGGAGGCUGCUGUUUUCUUUGCAGUAUAGAUUGUGUUCUAAUUAAAGACGUACCACUCGUU